AUGGAAACGCUCCAGGAUGACAGGGUGACCACCUGCAAGGCACAUGCUGUCACACUGGAGAAACGCAAACUAAAAUUCCAAUAUCUGUACCAACUCUUAGCUGAACACAUGCUGUGUCUUCACCACCUUAGCUGGGGGAAAAUGACAUGCUGUAGAAAAUGUGUUACAAAAUUUGAAAAUUUUGCCAAGCUGGAAGCAAUGCCUUUAAUGCAUAAGCACAUUUCAGAUCCAAAUUAUAACAUUAUUUAUCAGUAUCCCAUCAUCUCUGUUGCUCCUGGUGCUGUUGUCCUGAUAACAGGUGUAGGGGGCUUUUCACCCAGCUCUGAAAGGCCUAGAGGAGUCUUCCUACUACACUACAUCCACGGCCAGCCGGUCACCGCCAUGGUGCAACGAGUUGAAAUUCACAAGCUAUGCCAAGGUGAGAACUUAAUCCUUGGCUUCAGCAUCAGAGGUGGGAUUAACCAGGAUCCCUCCCAGAAUCCCUCCUCAGAAGAUAAGACAGACAAGGGCAUUUAUGUCACACGUGUAUCUGAGGGAGGUCCUGGGGAAAUUGCUGGGUUACAGAUUGGAGACAAGAUCAUCCAGGGAAAUGGCUGGGACAUGACCAUGGUGACACAUGACCAGGCCCAGAAGCGGCUCACCAAGCGCUCAGAAGAAGUGGUGUGUCUGCUGGUGACAAGGCAGUCGUUGCAGAAGGCCGUGCAGCAGUCCAUGUGUCCUAGCAGCUUGCCCUGACUCAUACCUGUCUGCCUAUUUGUACAGUGACCACUACCAUGCUCUGCCUACUUCCUGGCUUCUGUAUGCUGGGCCUCAGCUCAGAAGGGUGACAGCUGAUCCCAGGCUGAGCCAGCCUCCCUUCCCCUCUUACCCCAAGUCUGAGGCCUGGUAGCAGCAGUAUCCCUUGGAAACUGAGGAUUGGAAACCA